AUGCCACCACCACCGCCAAACCCUCCCCUCGCCUACACCACCCUCCCCAAACUAAACCGCUACCUCGUCCCCUAUCACCCGCUCCCGUCAACCACAGACACGGACCCGCGCACCCUAGUCACGCACCGCCUGGCCGUUGGCGCCGCCGUCCUCAAACUCGCCGCCACCCCGCCAAAGGUCCUCGUCCUCCAGCGCAGCGCCCUCGAAAAGGCCCUCCCGCACAAGUGGGAACUCCCCGGCGGCGCCGCCGAGGCCGUCGACGGCAACCUCGUCGCCUCCACCACCCGCGAGCUGUGGGAGGAGACGGGCCUGCGCGCCAAGACCGUGCUCGGCCUCGUGGGCAGCUACGAGUGGGCCGGCUUCGGGCCCAGCCUCGACGCCCCCGUCGGGCCCGGGGAGCAAGGGUUCGCGCUGCCCGGCGGCGGCGUCGGGAUCCGCGGCAAGCCGGUGGAGGUGCCGUCGGUGCAGACGGGCGGUGAGGGCGAGAGGUCGCCGGAGGCGGCCAAGGGUCGCGACGCGUGGAGGAAGUUUACGUAUCUCGUCGAGGUUGAGACGGACGGCGAGGGCGAGGCCAAGAUCGUGAUUGAUCCCGAGGAGCACGAGGCUUUUGUUUGGGCUACGGAGGCGGAGGUGCAAGCGGAUCGCUCUGGGAAGUUCCAACUCGACUGGACUUCGGAGCAUCAGAAGGCUGACAUUUUGAGAGCAUUCGCGAUGGCAAAGAAGAAUUAG